AACAGGAAAAGUCAUCAACAAAUUCGUCUGCAGAUAAAAAGCAUUAUUUUCGGUUAAAAAAUUCGUAGCAGGAAACAUGGAUACCGCUAGGAAAACAUGGGAAAUGGAGAAUAACAUCGUAACACUCCCAGCAAGUGACGAAAUCUUCCGCUACGAUGCAGAGCAGCAGCAACGCAUCCUGACUGCUCGUCCUUGGGAGAAGGAUCCGCACUUCUUCAAAGAUAUUAAAAUUUCCGCUCUGGCACUGCUCAAAAUGGUAAUGCACUCGCGUUCCGGCGGCGCACUCGAAGUCAUGGGUCUGCUGCUCGGAAAGGUGGAGGAAGACACCAUGGUAGUAAUGGAUGCAUUCGCUCUGCCGGUAGAAGGAACCGAAACUCGUGUCAAUGCACAGUCGCAGGCAUACGAGUACAUGACGGCUUACAUCGAAUCGGCCAAAGAGGUUGGCCGGUGCGAGAAUGCCAUCGGCUGGUACCACAGUCAUCCGGGAUACGGGUGUUGGUUGUCCGGUAUUGAUGUCAAUACUCAGAUGUUGAAUCAAAACUACCAGGAACCGUUUGUGGCGAUCGUCGUCGAUCCCGUCAGAACCGUGUCAGCCGGUAAAGUGUGUCUUGGUGCAUUCCGUACUUAUCCGAAAGGAUACAAGCCACCGAAUGAGGAACCGUCAGAGUAUCAGACCAUACCAUUGAACAAAAUUGAAGAUUUCGGAGUACACUGCAAGCAGUACUAUCAGCUUGAUGUAACCUACUUUAAAUCUGCUCUCGAUCGGAAGCUGCUGGACUCGUUGUGGAACAAGUACUGGAUGAAUACACUCGGCAGUUCGGGGUUGCUGAGCAAUGCAGACUAUACCACCGGGCAGAUUUUGGAUCUUUCAGAAAAGCUCGAGCUAAGUGAGGCCAGUCUCGGCCGGGGCCAGUUCAUUUCUAGUGGUACUGUCGACCCUAGUGAGAAGCGUACGGAGGAUAAGCUAUCGAAAGCCACCCGUGACUGUAGCCGUGCUUCGAUUGAACUGAUCCAUGGCCUAAUGGCACAAAUUGCCAAACACAAACUGUUCAAUACUGUAAACACCGGAGCCGUCGAAAACGCAAAUAAAUAAUUUUUCUUCCAAAUA